GGCACCAAUCCAAAGGAGGUCGAUCCUCCAGUUCAGGCAAAUGAUCCAGUGCCUGGUGCCCGACAGCUCACCGGUUUUGGACUACUAUGACUAUGGCUGCUACUGUGGAUAUGGCGGCUCUGGCACGCCUGUGGACGAGCUGGACAGGUGCUGCCAAGUGCACGACAAGUGUUACCGUGAGGCCAAGGACCACGACCAAUGCUUGCCUUUCUUCGACAACCCUUACACCGAGAUCUACGACUACAGCUGUGACACUGUGAGCAAGACGUUCACCUGUGACGACAACAACGACGCAUGUGAGAUGUUCAUCUGCAAGUGUGACAGGAAGGCUGCAGAGUGUUUCGCCACAUCGCCUUAUAACCCAGAGAACAAGCGACUGCCCAGCGAGCGAUGUCAGUAGAAGACCUCUGCAGUUAAUCAAACGCAGGAUCCACUCCCACAGAAGAUGCUCGACAUUCAGAUAAAUUGCUGUGUCAUUAAAUUAAAUGUGUUGUUGGAAUUUUGACUCGUGCUGGUUCAUGCACAUUUUCCAUUUUGAGAGAUAUUUGUAUUAAAGAUCCUGUCACAGUUCAAAUCCGUGUGCAGUUUGAGUCAUGUGUUUUGUCAGCUUCUAUCAACACUGUUUAUUUGCAGAAGGCGAUGAGAUGUUUGGACUAAUCUCUGAUGAACCAGACAGUGAAGAAACCCACUUUAUUUUAUCUUAUACAUAAUUUUAUUUUUAAAUGUCUCAAAUGCACAGAGAUAACAUUAAGCAGUCGCUGGCAAUAAAAUGCUUGAGUCACAGCAUUUCAUUGCCAGCCAACAGCUGAACUAUGACUUCAUAGAAAAAUUAAGCACGUAGGAGUUUUUCUCUGGAAUUUUGGUUUGUGUUUGUAUUUCAGAUCCUGUUCAGUGUGAGGGGUGCGACCCUGUGUCGAGAUGAUCAACUGUGGCGAGAACAACAGCGUAUGUGAGAUGUUCAUCUGCGAGUGUGACAGGAAGGCUGCCGAGUGUUUCGCCAAAUCGACUUAAAACAAAGCGCACAGGCACUGGCCCCAAGAACGAUGUCAGUAGAAGACUUCUGCAGUUAAUCGAACGCAGGAUCCACUCCCACACACGACACACCCAUCACUGAUCUGUCAGGAGCGGCAGCAGCUUGUUUCGUCCGCUCAUUGAAAUACUCACACUGACUUUGUACUGUCACAUUCUCAAGGUCAUGGUUUUCUUUUCUCCUUCUUUCUCUUUGCUGCGUCUCUAUUGUUAGCUGUGGAUCUGUAUCCUGACCAGAAACACCAGUAGAUCUGCAUCUCUCAUUAACUGAUGCACGGUUAUUCACAGGUAUAAUCCUAACUCAGGUUUCCAAUAGAGGGCGCUCUCAUGUAGCUCUUUCUUCCCUUGCUUGCUGAAAGUAGUUUACAGACUGUAGACUUUAAUAUUGGCAAUUUAUCAAAUUAUACAAAUGCUUGCAGUACUCAAUAAAGAAGAUAAAAAUGAUU